GUAUUGAUCAAGCCACGUCUCCUCAUUCCUGAACUUACUCAGCUUUACUCCAACUCUCCAACCACCAUGACCAAGAUUGCCAUCGUGUACUACUCCACCUACGGCCACGUUGCCAAGCUCGCCAACGCCGCCAAGAAGGGCAUUGAGUCCGUCGGUGGAGUCACUGCCACUAUCUACCAGGUGCAGGAGACCCUCCCGGAAGAAGUGCUGACCAAGAUGCACGCCCCUCCCAAGGGAGACCACCCCAUCGCCACCAUCGACACGCUCAAGGAGGCCGACGGUAUCCUCUUCGGUUUCCCGUGCCGUUUUGGCUCGAUGCCGGCGCAGGUCAAGGCGUUCUUCGACUCGUGCGGUAGCCUCUGGGCGACGGGUGCGCUGGUGGGCAAGACCGGCGGUCUCUUCUUUAGCACAGGCACUCAAGGCGGUGGCCAAGAGACGACCGCGUUCACGGCGGUGACAUUCCUGGCGCACCAAGGACUGACGUAUGUCCCUCUGGGAUACCGUGGCAAGGAACUGCUCAACAUGGACGAGAUGCACGGCGGCUCUCCGUGGGGUGCUGGUACUCUGGCCAAGAGUGACGGAUCUCGUCAGCCGUCGGAGCUGGAGUUGGCCCUGGCCACCACGCAGGGCAAGUCCUUCGCCGAAGUGACGAAGAAGCUGGCGGCUUAACCGAUACAAGUAUGAUCUCUUAGGCAAGUCUGACUCAUGUGCAUUGGAUCCAGUUGUAGACGUUAAUCUUGCACUGAAUAUCAAAUGACUGUUGAGA